UUGCAGGAUGCUCCGUAUACUCGAUAGCGCUAUGAAAGAUGUGGAGGAUAUUCUGGAACGGAGCGUAAGUCCAAGUCCCCCAGAGUCGAUUAAACUAACUGAAAAGAAGAAAAGAAUACUAGACAGGAAGAACCCUGUAUCUGCACCCCAUCACCCAACGUACCUUACAAUGAUCAAGGGAGCAGUGCUCGCUCUGAACGAAAGUAAGGGAGCUAGCAAGCCAGCCAUUUUGAAGUAUCUGGCCCAACAUUACCCACUGGGAGAGAAUCUACCGAAGAUCAAUUCGCAUGUAAAAUCCGCACUCAAAAAGGGUACCAAAGGCGGUGACAUCGAGCAGAUAAAAGGAAGUGGUGCAUCAGGAACCUUCAAAAUGGCAUCGUCCGCAAAGAUAGCCAAGGAAAGUAAGGAAAGCGGACGCAUAAGAAAGAGAAAGGCGUCGUCGGCAAAGUCUCCGGUAGAAAAGAAGAAGAAGACAGCUCCAAAGUCUCCCGCAAAAGCGACGGAAUCAACAUCUAAAACGGCGGAAUUAAAACCUGCACCAAAAACUGCAGCAAAGCCGAAAACAGCUUCCAAAAAACCUACUGCGAAGAAGGGUGCUAAGAAGACGAAGGCUCCCAAAAAGGCUACUGCUACGAGAAAGACUGCCGCUACGAAGAAGACUGCGAAAAAACCGGUUGGAAGACCUCGUGUUCAGAAGAAACGAGGCCCUACCAAGAGUAAGGCGCCUCGGGCAAAGAAGGCUUCAGCUGAAAAGUAGAGCCUUCUGCUAUCGUGUAAAGUGUAUAGAUGUGAUUGCCCAAGAUUUAUUUCAUACCUGCAACCUCUAGUGGUGAUUUAAUUGAGGUUGCGGUUUGUUAACAAUUAUCGCUAAUAUAAGGAUGCAUAUGUCCAAUAGUUGACUCAAUGCAAGCAGCAGUUUGGGAUUGGGCCAAAAACUUUGAGACCGGGGGAGGGCGCGGUAUAAGUCGGCUCUACAUCGCCGCUAUACCUCGAACUGCUCAAUGCAUUGAGCGUCGGAGCUGCUAAGUAUCUCAGCUUCAUUUUUUCUUCCAAAUUUACGUAUUUCACCCAGUUUUUGCAGUCUGUUUUGCUUUUCUUCGCUAAAUACUCAGCAGUUUCUCAACAAAAUCGAUUUGUAAAUUUUUUUUGCAAUACCUAUAUAUCGACGAAAAUGCAAAUUACGCGUAUUAGAGGUUGUACAGGCGGUUUUAGCUCGGUUUUUGUAUGAAAUUUCUCCAUGUGGUUAGUAAGAAGCUUUGUCGAUGUCAUUUCGAACGUCAGUUGAAGAUGCGUGAGCUCCGAUUUGCCACACGGUUCUCGCAGCCGCCAUUCCAAUGACAUCAACAGCCCCGCCCAUUCUUGUCCAUUCUCGAAUUUUUUGGUUCUACGUUGUAUAUUGUGAUCUACAAAUGUCAGGUUGUAAAAUUUGUUGAGAUCUCGCUCAACUCAGAAUAUGACAUCUAUGGAGAUGCGCAAAUUCUACUAUCUGACAGACUUCUCCUAUAUACAUAUAUUCUCAAAAUGCAUUGAUUUUCUCACAACUAAAUACCUCACGAGAAUAUUCCGUAUGUAAAAGUAUCCAGGCACUUCCGAUGAAUUGGGCCAGACAGCAUUGUAUCGUUGUACCCAAGUGC